CGGAUGCGCAGCCUAAUUGUUGAGACAGGAAAAUUUUGCUUGCGGAGGACUUGAGACUUGUUGCUCUUUUGUUGUAUUGCAGACAUGUACAUACAUAUGUGUGUAUGUAUGUAUAUGCAUGGCAUAAGAAAGAUAUUGUGAAGAGAGAAACCGAUCCCGGCAAGUAAGUUGGGAAAGAGGUGGAAUUCUAUUCUAUGAUACAAACAAAUUUAAAUAAACUGAACAAGGAAAAUUUAUGAAUAUUGAUCAAGGCGAAAUGGACUUCUACAAUGAUUUAUCAACUGUUAUUCACAGUCCUGCAUCGACUAUGUAUGAUGACAAUGAAUUUAAUAGUGCCCCAGAAAUCAGGACACAUAUACUGGGAAAAAAAGCAGAUGGCUUUACAGAAAUGUCGUAUAUAAAUACGGUCACACCACCCAUGACGACGCCUCCGUUAACUCCACAUCCACCACAGCCUACAAUGCCCUUAAUAUCAGAUUUGUUAAGCUGUAACAAAGAUGUGGAAAGCAUAGUUCCUCCUCCGGGGUUUUGCCUCAGCAUACCAUGUUUUUUAUGCAAGCUACCUUUCUCAGAUAUUGAGAGCCUGAAAGUUCAUCUUCAGGAUCAUUUAGAGAAGUCCCAGGAACCGGCUGACUCAACUUGGAUCGCUUGCAAGCUGUGUGGCAGAGGAGUUCGGUCGGAAUCGGAGCUACAAUUACACCACAAGCGCUAUCACGAGCUACAUGUUAGUCAGAAUCGGGCGCAGAACAAAUCUCUGCGAACAGAGAUACAAUCUCAGACUCAGGCACAAGUGCCGACACAAAAGCAGACGAAAGUGCACACAAAGGAGCGGUCACAGGAUGACAGGCCCUUUAAGUGUAAUAUCUGCAAAAAGGCGUACAAGGUCAAAGGGUUUCUGCGCAACCAUAAAAAAACCGCCCAUUCGGAUGAUUUGGAAUCGCAAUCCUCCAAGGAAUCCAAUACCGUUUUAACCACGGCCUUAUGGAAUGCUGUGGCUGCAGCCCAGUAUAAUCCAGCAUAUGAAUCCGUUGCAAGGUAUGUGCCGCCUGAUCAGCCGACAUCUCACAAACUUGAUCCAUGCUUAUUACCACCACCAAAGAAAAAAUUCGCACCGCGGUCGCCAUUCUUUAAUCGAAAUCUUUGGCUACCAAUCGAUGCCUGCCUAUAAGCCGUGAUAGUUGUGAGAGGCUGAUAAGGAUAAUAUGACUGUUAAACUAUAAAUAAUUUUUAAUGAUAACUUUUAAGAUACCGGAUUAAGUUUUGCUAUCAAACCAUUUAUUCUUACAAAGAUUUAUGAAAUCUAUAAAAUAUUUUAUUUUAUAAAGCCUUCGA